CACAUCACAGAUUACUACGCAGUCGCACAAAAUGGGAGGGAAAUGGCGUCGGUAAUCUUGGUGGUGUUGAAAAUUGAGAUAUCUUGCCGCCGAUCAACCAUAAUACUGUAGGGCUUUGAAGCAGGAAUUUUGAAUCAACGACUUAAAGUAAAUUUCAUCCUGAAGAUGAAGUGUCAACAAAAGGGCACUGAUGGAAAGGUGUGUGGAUUUCACCUGGAUUCUUCCUUCAAGUUCUGCCCAAACUGUGGCUCAAAAGUUACAGAGGAGACAACGCCAUCAGACAACCUAAAGACAACAGAUGUUAAGGAAUGCUGUACAGGAUGUAAGGAUGGGAAGUUUUGUUCCAGUUGUGGCACUGCAGUAGCAGCAGAACAAAACCAGUUCUCCACUAGAAGAAGUUCCAGGCAAAGAAAUGUCAAGACUGCACAUGAGCUUUUGGGAGUUGGAGAGAAGGGUCGAAAGACUGCAGCAGUACCAGACUCUCCAACAAAGGCACAAACAUCGCCAACCACAAACAAGAUUACUCAAGCUGCUAGUGACUCAGUCCGGCAGACAAGGAGUAGUCCUGCACAUGGACAAGCUAAAGUGCUGGGAUCAGGAAGGGGUAAUGCUUCUCCAAGAAGAGGUAGAAGUGCAGGUUUGUCAUCAGUAUCCCCGUUCUCAGCAUCUCCCAAGUCCCCUGUCCUAGCUAAGCAACCUGCAUCAAUAUCUACAAGAGCUAAAUCUCCCAGGAGUACAGGAAAUCAAGAGGCAAAGGAGAUUACAUCUACCAGAAAAAGUGGAAGAUCAGCCCAGGCACAAUCAGAUUCAGUGGCAAAGGAAUCCAAGACUUCAGACACACCCGUUGUCAAACCUGUGGUGAAGCCUUCUGGUAGAGUGACCAGGACAAGGUCUCAGAGAAAGAGUGGUGAAGAUGUGGAUCUGCCCACUCUGCAGCCAAGUAAAAAUGUCUUGUCUAACAAAAAAAGGAGGGUAUCGGAGGGGACUACAGGAGAAAGUGAGGGUGAAAGGACUGCAUCUGACUUGGGAGAUAAGUCAGCAAGUGAUGCACCAGAGGAAGUCACCACAGCAUCACAAAAUAUGACAAAAGGUCUCUCCAUAGUAUCUCAAAAUGUGACAAAAGAUGGCACCACUGCAGCUGGUAGUGCAGGAGAAGACGGUCCAGAAGCUCCAGGCAGAAAGAGAACAUUAGUGGUAUACAAGAUCACAGAGCCUAAAGGUGUUGCAUCAGACUCUGCCCUCUCCUCACCACCAAAGAAAGUACAGGUCAUAGAACUCUCUGCUGGUGAAGAUGCCCAACCAGCUGUCCAGAGUACCUCUUCUGCAGAAGAAAGCAGCCUUGUGCCUGAUCCUUUGCCCACUUUGCAGCAGGAUGAUGAUAAGGGCACUCCUAGGUCCAAUGUUCUACUUGUAGACAGUGUUGCCCCAGAAUCCACACCAGAGCCAGGCAGUAGCUCAGCAGAGGCAAGUAGAAACAUUGUGAAAGAGGGUGAAAAGCCUGUGAAACCAGAACCAAAGAUUUCUUACACAUUCCGACUGAUUGCAGAUUCUGAGCAUGAUGAUAAAAUCCUGGUGGAGUUGGUUAAUGAACCAGAAGAACAACAGGAAGAAGAACAACAAGAAGACGUCAAAUUAGAUUUUGAUCCAGAGCCUGUCCGCAGUGACCCAGAGAUAGAAGAGCUGAUUAAGUCAUUAAAACCAGUGGCAAAGUAUGAAGACUACAGUGAAGUUGUUUACACCAAUGCCGAAGAUAAACCAGGUAUUCUUGGAACUAAAAUGCAUUCCUGCAAGCAGUGUGACUUCACCUCCCCCAUGAAGAAAACAAUGAUAGCACAUCUUAGAGAAGAACAUGGGGGGUUUGAACCUUGGAAGUGCCCUAAAUGUGACUUUACAGCUGAACUGAAGGUCGGAGUAGUGAACCACCUUGCCUCCCACUCAACUGUCAAGCCUUAUUCAUGUGAUGUAUGUGGAAAAGACUUUCGCUAUAAGCAGAAGCUGAAGAUGCACAUGAAGUACCACCUUGAUGUGAGAGAUUUUGAGUGUCCACAAUGUAACAUGGCAUUUCAUGAGAGUAAAACUCUGAGAAACCACAUCCAGAGAGUACACAUAGAGGGACAAGAUGUAUCAAGUAGGGGCAAAGAAACAAAGCUGGUAGGGGCAAAGAAGACAAAUAGAAGAACCGUGGACUACAUCAAGAAGCAAUUGCAAACUGAGAAGCAAGCAGAAACUGAUCUGCAAACUGCAGGAGAAGAUACUUUGGGGUCUGGAACAGACGUAGAGGAUGUGAAUGGGGAGGCAACAUCGUUAAAUAAGAAGACCCGUUUGACAACUGAAGAGGAAGAGCUGAUCUCUGCCAUGGAGAGAGCGCAGAAGGCCAAGAUAAAGAUGAAGCGCAGGGAUAAACUUUCAUCACAUAUAGAAAAUGACUUAUUACCUCAUUUCCUGCUUAAACCUGCUGGAGAUGGUAUUAACCAAUUGUGGGAAUGUAAGCUAUGCAGUAAAGUUAAUCACACCAAAACAGAAGCAUGUGAUCACAUGUUGAAUGAACAUAAAGAUGUGAAACUCUUCAGUUGUGACAUUUGCAACUAUUCAACUCGUCAUCGCAGUUCUCUGUAUCUCCACAAGAAGACUCACUCUGACGACCUCCCAUUUGCCUGCACCCUGUGCCACAGACGGUUCAAGAUCAAAACAAAUCUGAGAAGACAUUACAAUACUCAUACAAAUGAACGCAAUUACCAAUGCACUCAUUGUGACAAAGCUUUUAACAAUAAGGAUGAUGUCAGUAAACACAUCAAGCGGAUGCACACAAAGAUUGAUGGGGCUUCCAUGUUCAAAUGUGAUAUUUGCGACAAGUCAUUUAAAGUGGUAGCAGACUUGAACCGUCAUCAAAGGACCCAUGUAAACGAGCGGACUCUUCCCUGUCCUUACUGUAACCGGCUCUACAAGACAAAGGAGAGUUUGAACAUGCAUAUUCGCUGCCACACUACGGAAUACUACUGCCAGAUUUGUGAUAAACAAAUUGGAAGCCACUCUUCCUUCAUGGCACACAAGAAGCUGCAUGACCCUGAAUUUCAUGGCUACAAGUGUGACAUGUGUGAUAAAGUUUUACAGAGCAAAGGAAGCUGGCAAAUCCAUAUGCGUGUUAUCCACUCUGCUGAGAGACCAUUUAAGUGUGACGUAUGUGGAAAGUCUUUCAAGUUAAAAGUCCAUUUGGAGCGCCACAAGUUGAGGCAUUCUGAUGCUAAGCCUCAUUCCUGUGAUGUUUGUGGAUUUUCAUGUAAAAGGCAGGAAGCUCUGAGGGUUCACAUGCGCACACAUGACGUGGAGAAGCCAUACACAUGCAUUCAUUGUGGGAAGGGUUACACCCAGAAGCAUGCCCUGGAAGCACACGUCCAGAUGCAGCAUGAUGAGAGGCAGUUUGAGUGUGGCCUCUGUGGCUCUAUAUUCAAGGCACUGUUCCAGCUGCAGAGACACAUACGCAAGUACCAUGCAGAACACAGCAAUGAUAACCUGUCAAUGACAGAAGUUACACAAACUGUGACUACUUCUCAUGAUUCUCCUGCAGCAGCAUUAGCCAGUUCCUCACUUCUGACCAGCAUGGCCACCACCAGCACUGGGGACCUGACCUCAGAGCCCUCGUCCACUAUCCUAGGCUGUGAGACCUGCCAGGAGACCUUUCCUGACCAGCACUCCCUGGCCCUACAUAUACUGACCAGUCACAUGGACCAGAAGCUGAUCUCGGGGGGUGUCGGCGUCAUGCUGACCACUGCAGGGUCCAGUGGGGGCUCUACUCUGAUAGCAGUCAACCCAGCAGAGGGUCAGGAUGUAGUGACCACAGGUGACCAGGAGGUGGUGGAGACGGAAUUGGUGGAGGUCUCCAUGGAUGAGGAGACAAUUAUUGUAUCUCAGAAUACAGAAAGUGUGGAAGGGGAAGAAAUCAGAGAGGGUCAAUGAGAUAUGAGGGAAAGGAUAAUGGUGUGAAUGUUGAAUUAUAUUGGUUUUCAAACCGUGAAUUAUUUUGGAUUUUAAUUUGCAAAAUGAACUGAAACUCAGGACUCAAUUUCUUUAUUUGUGUAGUAGUAUAUUGGAUAUAAACUAUUUGCUUUAUUGUAUACUUAAUUAUGUAACCGUAAAAUUAUUUAAUAUUAAAAAGAAAUUAGCUAAACUAUCAGGAUUUGUAUCAUAGAAAAUGUGUGAAGCACUGGGAGAAUGACACUUUUAGUACCUACAAAGAAGCAAUGGAACCAUUAUUAUUUUUUAUGGUUAUAAACAAAAAAAAAAAAAAGUGAUUUUAUGUACCUGACGUGUAGCUAAUCAGUUGAUUUAAGUAGAGAAGAUAGCUGGUUAGCCAGUAGAUGAAUAUAGUAAACUGAACAUAUUUGUGUUGCUUAUGAAUAACACAAACCCUGGGUAUUUGAUUAAAGUGUUCUUUAUAUGUAGAAAUGACAGUAAAUUGAGGUGUUAAGAUAGUUUUAUCAUUUCUUUGAUUAGUAAAAAAACAUACAACAUCUCCUUUUCAAACACGGUUUAAGUAUUUUAGCGUUCUGUCUGGUAAUUAUUGCGUGACAGAAUCUGACUGUUUUGUGUCGUAUAAAACUCAUUUUACAGGAAAGAAAUUGAACGGAA